ACAGAUCCAGAUCCAGAUCCUACUACUCUCUUCUACACUUGCACGUCUCUCCCCUGUGUAAUCGAUCGACUUCUCCGGCAUCAUGUUCGGGUGGUCUGGUUCGCUGGGUAAGGCUGCCCGUCUCCCACUACCUAUUCUUUAGACAUUCCUUUCAUUCCAUCAUUGCUCUCCUACAUCUCCCACUGUUUCUAUCUUGAUUGCACCCCCCCCCUCCCCCACUCCCAAAUGCAGGUUUCUGCAAUUACGGCAUGGACUUUGCGACAAAGUGGCGGCUCUGCUGGCCUCGUGUUCAAUUGAGUUCAGAAGAGCCGCCCUGGUUCGGUCGCGCAGUGGUCUUUGGGGUCAAUUCUGCCUCGCGCCAAUGGCUUCGAAUCCUUGAAAGCCCCGUCGGCCUCCCUGUGAGCGCAGAACCCGAGAAAGAGCGCUGUCCGCCUUCUGCCCCCACACAACUCGACUUCCCUGUCUACCACGUCCCCGAACUCAAGGAUGAUGGGUCCGAAACUCCCUUGGCCAAACUCGGCGAAGUGCUCGCCUCCAUCCGACGGCCGCAAGACAUCAACCCGCACAAAUUCGAGGCGUUGAAUCUGAGGCUAGAAUCAGAUGUCCCCGCCGCUCGCAUAAUCCGUCAAUCGGGCCCCAGAACCGCCCCGCCGCUGCCGUGGGAAAAUACGUCGGCUAGAUCCUCCCCAGUGGACGAAGAUGGCACGCCUAUCUUGAUGGACAACGAAAACCCAUACCCUUCAAGAGACCGGUUUGAAUUGCUACAAAGUGAACUGCUGCUCGACAACGAUGACGCUUUCCGAGAAGUGGCCAGGCUGCCACCCCGUGAAGGACGGGAUCGAGUCCGCGUUACGCAGACAAGAAAAUUUUGGACGGGAUUAGAGCGCAUGGCUCAAUAUUGGGAUACCAGCCUGGACGAUUAUUUCGAGCGUCCGGCUUCUCCGCCGCCUUCGCAGGACGACGAAGUCAUGCAGACGGACGAGGAAACACGGGUGCCCGAGACCCCCAAUAUCCCAGAGAUUCGCAUGGACGUGGACGAUGUCAUCCCGGAACAAGCGUCAGCAAACAGCCAGUCGGGAUCUGGGGAGGAGAAACCCAAGAUUGUGACUCGGUACAAGGGUCGCCGUAUCGGAGCUGGGAGUGAGAUGCCAGAAGAUGCGCGCGACGAGACAAUUCGAGCCUUGACGGAGAUGGCUGCCUGGCCCUUCGGAUGCCAGGCCGCACUGCCCAUUGCUCCGCCCAAGCUGGCCGCCAAGACGGUUCUAUUCCCAGUUCGACAGACUUUUGUGGCCGCCCGAUCCCCAAAGGACCGGCAGCUGGCCCGAAGCGGUGUCAUGGAAGGGCCCGUCUUCGUGGCUCAGUGUCGACCAGAAACCUCCUUUCGAGGACCGGAAGACACCCCCGGCGAAAGCGUCGGUGAUGUGUGUGAUCUGCUUCGUGAAGUGGGUGCCAUGCUCCUGACUGCACAGGAACGAGCCCGACAGGGAGCCACAGAAGUCAGACCAGGCGAGGGUCAGUGGUGGACGACAGUGCCGCGGUGGGGCGGUGCGCCCAACCACGCUGUUGGCGAUAGCUACGCAGAGGGUGAAGAUGGUCCGUCGUCCGUGGAGUUAGGAAACGCUCGCAAACGCCAUCAAAUCGAGCAUCCGUUUCUCGCGUUGCGUCGGCCGAGCCUGAUCCGUAAACUGAGCAACAAUUCAAAAUGGAAGAUUGUCGAGCCUGGUCCCAGCCUCUGGGACAGGCGGAUGAGGUACAUCCAAAUUGGGAAACCCAUCGAGAGUCCGUUCGACGAUAUCUACAUGCUAUCAUCCAUCAACCACCACCUUGCUAUUCUGCACUUGCGUGUACACCGGCGAUACCUUGAGUUGAUCACCCAUGGUCGCAGCGACUUCCCUCCGGUAUCCGACGGCGAUCAGCCAUGGCAGGUCCUCCAGUUACGACGAACCAAAUGGUAUGAUCUUUUCAAUGCCGAAGAUCGACUUGAAGUGUUCAAGGGCAUUUGGGGUAUCUUCCAUUACCUUUUACGACAACAGCCUUUGCCUUUCCACCAUCUUAACUGAUUUCUGUUUCUUGUGUGUAUUUGUUUGUUGAUAUCCAGCUUCAGCAUUUCCUGCCUUCGAGUUCAUAUCCAUGCCCGGUCAAAUUGACUAAGGACAUUAUGAUAGCGUUCAUAUCUGGACUAAUGUCCGAUCAUCACUCUUCUUGCAUCGUCAACAGAUGGCAAGACUAUAGAUACCGAUAGAAAGCAUUCGAUUUGUCCCUUUUGAGACCG